ACGGUCUCUCUCUCUUUGACCUCACCUCUGGUGCCUCUCCUGCCCCUGCUGCUGAUGCUGAUGCCACUGUUCGCUCCCAGUGGGCCACGCGCGAUGCUGCUGCUACUGCACAUCUUGCUGUGCGUCGUCACCUGCCUACCACCAAGCGCGCGCACUUUAGUCAGUACAAGAGUGCUCAGACCUUGGACCAUUUCCUCUCAGUCUGUCCCACCACACUCACUGUUGACCUCCUAGAGCAGGCCCUCCUAGCAGCGGAGAAGAGCAUAGUCGCUGUAGGAGCCUCUCGUGGGCAAGGGGACAAGGGCGCGGGUGGAGCUAGCGGGGUGGUGGAGGUGGCGGUGGAGGCGGCGGAGGGAGUGGGGGUGGCGGUGGGAGUGGUGGCGGGGGUGGAGGUGUCGGUGGCAGUAGUGCAGGUGGAGGCGGCGGAGGCGGUGGCGGUGGGAGCGGAGGCGGCGGUGGUGGCGGAGGUGGAGGAGGCGGUGCUGGAGGAGAUGGAGCUGGUCGGGGUGGCGCUUCGCAGCGGAGCGGCUCCGGUGGUGGUCAGCACCAGCAGCAGCAGCAGCAGCAGCGUUCUCGGGACAUCCCCCCUCCUCAGCAGCUCCGUGAGUGGUACGCGUAGCGUCAGCGUGAAGUUCCCGGAGGCUACUGAGAUCCCCCGCUGGGGAGAGCUGUCUAGGGCAGGUGUAGCUAUCUAUGAUCUUGACUUUGAUGCUAUCCUUGCUGCCAUGUAUGCUGUGUCUAUUAGUGAUGAGGGUGACUGUUACCGGUGUUUCCCGCCCAACCCGGGCAUUGCGAUUGCUGCUCUAGGUGCUGGUGAGGCUGCUGCUCUAGGUGCCAGUGCGUUUGCGUCCUUAGGUGCUGACCGCACCACACUCACGCCGCUGGGUCGACCGGUUGCAGUCUCCCUGGCAGACCCCUUUGGGGGCCCUAUCCUCUCUCACUUCUCUACUGUCCUCCCGUGUCUGGCUGCCCCCUCUGGCACCUUGUCUGGUCUUUACCUCCCCUUGUUCUCUACGAACUUGGUGAGUGGUGCUAACCUACAGGAUGCGGGGGUUCACCAGUUUACUCCUACGAGUCAGCGGGUGACCCACUGCUCGGACUCUCGCACAGGCCGACACUUGGCCACGUUUACGCAUCGACCAGGGUCGAGCCUCUACACCAUGACCACUGAGUCUCCUCCUGUCCCUGCGUCUGGCCAGGUAGCUGCGCCGGGUCAGGUGUUUGCUGCAGCGUCCAGCACCACCGUCUUGAUCACCCCUCCCUGCCUUGUCUCGGAGGCAUGGCUUCCCGUGUCCUUGUCUCUAGUCUUCCCCGGUCCCUCCCUCCCCUCCCUUCGGGGCCUGACGCUUCACAUGGACGUGUGGGGCCCGGCCCGCGUCCGUGGACAGGGUCACGAGCGCUACUUUCUGCUGGUGGUUGAUGACUACUCGCGUUACACCACAGUCUUCCCCUUGCGCAGCAAGGGUGAUGUCACUGAGGUGUUGAUUGACUGGAUCCGCGCAGCUCGUCUCCUGCUCAGGAGGAGAUUGAGCUCGGACUUUCCUGUUCUGCGUCUGCAUUCUGACCGAGGCGGAGAGUUCUCCUCUGGCCUUCUGCGAGCCUACUUCCGUGCGCGAGGCAUCCGCCAGACCUUUACGCUUCCGGACUCUCCACAGCAAAAUGGGAUUGCUGAGCGCCGCAUUGGCAUGGUCAUGGACGUCGCUCGUAUGUCCAUGAUGCAUGCGGCUGCCCCCCAUUUUCUGUGGCCGUUUGCGGUUCGGUACGCGGCGCAUCAGAUCAACCUUCACCCCACGGUCUCCAUGCCGGAGACCUCCCCAGCUUUGCUGUGGAGGGGGAAGGUAGGCGAUGCGUCUGCGUUCCAUGUGUGGGGAUCUCGGGCGUUUGUCCGCGACUUGUCUGCGGACAAGCUGUCCCCUCGUACUGCUCCUUGUGUCUUCCUCGGCUUCCCCCCUGACGUGCUAUGGUGGCAUUUCUACCACCCCUCCUCUCAUCGUGUUCUGUCCUCCCAGGACGUCACGUGUGACGAGUCGGUCCCCUACUACCGUCUCUUCCCCUACCGCACUCCUUCCCUCCCCCCGCCUCCGCUCUUCCUUGUGCCAGGUCCCCCCCCCGGUAGACCCCUCCCCCCUCAUAGUCCUGCCCCUUCACGUGUGUCCCAGGUAGACGCAGUCGAGCCGGUCGAGUGGGUGCUGAGCCUGGGGGGUGCUGAGCCUGGGGGCGCUGAGACUGGGGGUGCUGAGCCAGGGGUGCUGAGAUUGCACGCGGCUGCUGGACCUGCUAGUGUGGCGUCUGGCGGUACUGGGCUUGGAGGUUCUCCGGGUGCUUCGUCCUCGGCGGGAGCCACUCUCUCCACAGGAGCUGCGCGAGUGGUUUGCCCGGGCGCUGGAGGCGUCGUGCUGGAGGCUGGAGCUUCUUCGGCUGCUGAGGGUGCUGGUGCCGCCGGUCCCGGAGUCGGACUCUCUUCGUGCUGCCAGUCCUACUGUCACACUUCUCUCCUUGCUACUGUCGUCACUGAACCACCUCCUUUGAGGUCCACUGCUGCGUCUGCUCUUGUUGCUGAGCUCGUCGACUUUGCUGCUCGCUGUCGUCUAGACUACGCUGCUAGUCUUGUUGCUGAGUCAGCGUCUUUCUGUCCUCCGUCCGUCGAGGGUGAGUGUGCUCUUGGCACGGACGUCCUUGAGGACAGGCAGGAGGAGUUUCCAGUGUUUGGGCAGCUAUGGAUGCAGAGAUGGCUUCCUGGAAGUCCACAGGCACCUACGUUGACGCGGUUCCCCCCACCUGGGGCGAACAUCGUCAGUGGCAUGUGGAUCUUCAGGGUGAAGCGGCCGCCAGGUUCUCCACGUGUCUUCAAGGCGUGGUAUGUGGCUCGUGGCUUCAGUCACCGGCAGGGAGUUGACUACUUUCAGACCUUCUCUCCCACCCCGAAGAUGACCACUCUUCGGGUGCUGCUGCACAUAGCCGCUCAGCGUGACUACGAGCUUCACUCUCUUGACUUCAGCAGUGCUUUCCUGCAGGAUAGCCUGCACGAGGAGAUCUGGCUGCGCCGUCCACCUGGCUUCGCUGGGACUUUUCCUCCUGGCACCCAGUGGAGCCUCCGACGGCCAGUCUACGGUCUCCGCCAGGCACCGCGUGAGUGGCACGACACACUGAGGACUACGCUUGCGGCUCUUGGUUUGCUCCCUCUACUGCUGACCCGUCGCUGUUUCUACGCACCGACACCUCUUUGCCGCCGUUCUACAUCCUUGUGUACGUCGACGACUUGGUCUUUGCCACUGCUGGACUCGCCCACAGUGAAGUCCGAGCUGCAGAAGAGACACACGUGCACAGACCUGGGUGAACUGCGCAGCUACCUUGGCUUGCAGAUCACCCGGGACAGAGCACAGCGCACCAUUACCCCGACUCAGUCACACAUGGUUGCAGCAGGUCCUUCAGCGCUUCGACUUCACGUACUCCUCACCUCAAGCCACUCCUCUGUCUACUCGCCACUCGCCCUCAGCUCUGCCUUCGGAUGA